AUGGUGGAUGCAUUGGCAGAUGCACCGGCUGAUGGAGUGGAGAAAGGGACGGCGGCGUUGGUGGCCGGAACAGUGGACGCGGCGGUGGCCGGAGUGGUGGCAGCGGUGGUGUUGACGUUGGUCGACAUUUCCAGUAAAGGAUUAAGUUUCGAAGUUAUAAAAGAGACGUUACGCCUGUUCCGGGUGGGACCGAUGCUUGUCCCACACGAGUCGUCAGCUGGUUGCACGGUGCCUAGCGGGACAAUGUUGCUUGUGAAUACGUGGGCCAUAUACAGAGGGAUCCUAAGGUGGGAGGAUCCGAUGAAAUUUAAGCCCGAGAGAUUGUUUGACUUAGAAGGGAAGAAAGAAGGAUCGUUUGUGAUGAUGCCGUUUGGAUAUGGGAGGAGAGGCUGCCCUGGUGAGAACAUGGUGUUGCGCGUAGUAGGCCUAGUCCUGGCAUCGCUCAUUCAAUGCUUUGAAUGGGAGCGCCUUGAUUGGGAGAUGGAUCGGGGCUUACGAUGCCCAAGGCUCAACCGCUCGUAG